CUUGGCUUCCUCUGCCUGUCAGCUGUGCUAUCUAAAACAACAACAAUUGCCAGGAAGAUAUUUGUGCUGUAGCCGCUGAGGUCAAGUCCCAGAGAAAAGAACAGAGACGUGAAGACAGCAUUUGCAUCUCAGAUGAAAAGGAGGGACUGGUGACCCAGAAUGGAGGAUUUCAGGCGGAUGUACCUGCGUUUGUGUAAGGAGGGAGGUGUGGAGCCCCAGGAGAGUGUAGUGGCACAGCUUCAGGAAGGCAGGGCUGCUCAAGGCUCCAGGCUGGACCUGAGUGGACAGAGCCUGUCGGUGGAUACCUGCUCUGUGCUGGCCAGGGCCUUCCAAAAAGAGACCUACUUUACAGAGGUGUCACUCAGUGACUGCAUGCUCAGCGAGGAAGGUGCCAAAGUACUCCUGACUGGCCUGUUUGGCAACAACACUGUGAAAAUCCUGGAUCUGAAGGGAAAUAACCUGAGGUCUUCAGGGGCUGAGGUGUUGGGGAAAUUAUUGGCGCACAACAAGACUCUGCGUAGGCUGGUGAUGGAGUGGAAUGCGUUGGGGGUGUGGGAUGAGGCCUUCUCACUCUUUUGUGAGGGUUUGGCCUCCAACAGUGUGCUGACUCACCUGGACCUGCGCAACAAUCAGAUCAACCACCACGGAGCAUCUGAGCUCGCUCUGGCACUCAAACGCAACACUGCCCUGGAAGUGCUAGAUCUGAGGUGGAACAGCAUCGGUCUGCUGGGUGGCAGGUCCCUGCUCGAGGCUCUGCAGAAGAACAAGAGCAUAGUGCAGCUGGAGAUGGCAGGAAACAACAUUCCCUGUGAUACACUCAAAGCACUUGAGCAGACCACAGGGCACAACUCAGACAGACAGUCCACCCUGAGAGAGAGCCGCAGCAGGACCCAGGUCCUCAGCAUGGAGAUUCAGACCCUGAAGGACAUGAAGGGCCGCCAGUUCCUAAACCUGAUGGAAACCAUAGACAGACAGAGGGAAGAGAUAAGCCACUCCAACAGGUCCACUUCCAUUCAGAUUGGCCAACUCCAGGAAGCUCUGAAUGAGAGGAAGUCAGCUGUCAACUCUCUCACUGCCAAACUGCAGAUGACGGAAGCUGCCCUCGCUCUCUCUGAGCAGAAGAAUCACAACAUGGGAGAACUGCUGACUCGAGUGAAGGCUGAGAAAGAAGAACAGAGGGAGCGACAGAGCAGAGAGAGGAAGAAGGAGCAAGAGGACUGUGCGCUCAGAGAGAGCAAACUCCUCAGAGAGAUCCAAGACCAGAACCAAACAAGCAUCCAACUCAGGAGCAAAGUGGAGGAGAUGGAGCGUCGGUGUAAGUCUCAGCAGCACCAGAUCUUUGAGCUGAAGCAAGAACUGACCAACAGCACAGCUGAACUCAAGCUGCGACUAGCACAGGCAGAAGAUCGUCUGGAAAUAGAGAAACGGAGGUCCAAGCAAGCCCUGGAGGACAUGGACACUCUCCGACAGAAAGAGGUGGAGCACAUGAAUUGUCAUCUCGAAGAAAGUGAGAGAGCUCUGCAAGAACGCAUCUUCAAAUUGGAGGGACAGAGGAUACAACUGGAAGAGGAACUGAGUAAAGCUAAAGCAGCGUGUGUGACAGAGAGGGUGCAGGCAGAGGAGGAACUGGGAAGAGUGCGAGCUCAAGUGCGUCUGGAAGAGCAGGAGCACAUGUCAGCCUUAGAGGAGAAGCUUCGCUCGGUGCGCUCCUCCCUGCAGGAGGUGCAGCUCCACUGCUCCCAGCAGAAGCAGACCAUCUCUGAGCUGCAGGCCAAGACCAGCCAGCAGAGCGUCGAGAUGGACGGACUGCGGCGCAGGAUCGAGGAGCUCCAGCAGGAGCUGUCGGGUAAGGACCGGGAGAAGGUGGCUGAGGUGAGCCGGGUCAAGGUGGAGCUGCAGGAGCAGAUUGGACAUUUACAGGCAGAGAGGACAGCACAGACCGGACUCAGAGAGAAGAUCAGUGCUCUGGAGAGAGAGCUAAAAGUACUGAGAGGUAACCACAGAGAGGCGCUCCUCGACAAAGAGAGUGAGAUGUCUUCCAUGCAGGAGAAGCUGCGGCUGAGGGAGGCGGAGAUCCUGAGGAUGAGGGAGGACGAGGCCAACAGAGCCAGCUACCUGCAGAGCGCCAUCCUCACCUAUGUUCAGGGCUCACCUCUGGGACAGUACAGCAGCCCCAAAAAAUGACCCAGAGAGCUCAGCACAGUAGUUGUAACCUCUGACCCUCACUGGGAUCCUGCACAGGUCAGGACAGUCUGCAGAAUGAAAGAAUCAUAAGUGAAACAGAAGUAUGGGAGAUCAUUGGUGCUGGGCAAGAUGACUUUGAACUCAACAAAAUGUGCAGAUACAGCCAAAAAAUAAGGUUUUAAAGACUUUAAAACUGUAACUCCCAGUUACUGCACCUCACCAGUGCUUUCGUUUGACCUGCUGUUGCAACAUUGCUCUCAUACUAGCUUCCCCUCUCUAGUUACACACAUACUGAGUUUUAACAAGUAAUUUAAUCUUAUUUUAAAACAUUUUGUCCCAGUAAAGAUGACAGUCUUGGUCGGCAAGUCAAUACUGAAAAUUUUAAAGGAAAUUAUCACAGUUUGAGUCUCAUUUUCAUUGUUUUAUCUGUCAUUUCUCUCUGUUUCUCUGUUAUGAUUAGAUAGUUGUCACUAAUAGCCAAUAGUAAUAUAUGAGAUCUGAAAUACAGUGAAAGCAAGAGAAAAGUUCAUCCAGAUGAACUAAACCACUUUAUUUCACUGAUAAUCCCUCAAUGUCAAAGUUGAAGCAGGAAGUGAGUCUGAAAAUGUGAUGGAUAUUUAGGAUAUUUAGCGGUGUAUUGGCUGACCUGGGUCCAGACAGGUCCAGUGUUGUGCCCACUAAUGACUGUUUCCAUUGUUUGGAGGAACAAACUAGUCAUAGGAAUGUCAUCUUCCUACAUCGAAGGCUAUAUUAAAUUUACUCAAGUUUGCAGUUCUCUUAUCUACACCUCAGUCCUUAGCAUAGCUUACCUAGAGUCUACAGCCAGCAUGGUAUUGGUACUGUGAGGCUGUUCUUUAAGUUAAAUGCUAACAUCAACAUGCUAACAUGCUCACAAUGACAGUGCUAACAUAACAAAUAUAAUGCUUGUACAAUGUUCACCAUUUUAGUUUAGUAUGUUAACAUACUAACAUGUGCUAGCAAUAAACAGCAUACAGCUGAGGCUGAUGGGAAUCAGUUUUACAGGUAUCUGGUCAUAAACCAAAGUAGUGAAUAAAGUGGAAAUUUGAACUGGUGAUGACGCUAGAUGAAAAGUCAGAGGAUUAUCAAAGUGAUUAUAAUUUAUCCUGAGAGGGGUGUGAACGUGUGGAGCAAAUUUCAUGUUAAUGAAUCUGAUACAUUUCCUUUAAAACCAUAAAUAUCAACCUCAUGACACUAGAGGAAGAGUCCGGGGAUCAUCAUAGUCAUUAGGGUACAUCAUCAAGAAACCAUAAGUGUCUGCACCAGAUUUCCUGGCAACUCAUCCAACAGAUAUUUCAGUGUAGACCAAACUGUUGGAGCGAACAACAGACUGACAUUGUCAUCCCUAGAGCCACGCCACUAGCAUGGCCAACCGACAAUCACUGGCCUGACAUCCAUGACAUCACUUCUUUACAUUUUUAGAUUUUUAAAUAAAUCUAGAAAUUCAGGACUUCAGCACACACUGCUUUCAUCUGUCGCCACCCUCAGGGCAAAAUGUACAUUUUACCCCCACUACUGUAGUUCAAAACAGUACGUUGUUUAUUCAGUUCUUCUAGGUUGUGGGCUGUCAUGAACACUUUUCUAAGCGUUAGACUUUUACCCUUUUUUGUUAGUUUUUAACAGAUAGUUUGCCAGCCAGAUGAGAUUAUUACCAGUUUCAAACAACACAUUUUAUCUCUCCUUGAGGUCCACUUUGUUUUUACUGACACAUUAAUGGAGCGAUAGUCCAAAUUCUGUUCCACGUGUAUUUUUAUUUCUCCUCUUUUCAAUCAUUCAAUCAAUCAACCAAUCAUUCAAUCAGUCGAAUCAAACUGUACUACACUAAAAUGAUAAAGUAAGAAGUGCUAUUGCAUCUAGCUUACAGUCUGUCUUAUUUUAAAGAAAUAUUUUACUGCUUGAAAUGAGACUAAACUGACAUCCCUGUCUUAAUGUUUUAUUCUGUGCUCAGAUCAUCGCCAAAGAAAGCCCACUCUUACGUCUGUAGCUCUCGCAUUAACUGAGAUGAGCUUCAAAUGAACUGCAAGUGAUCAUUUAUAUCUGUUGUCACUGUCCAGCUCCAUUCUGCUGAACCCAUCCUUUGUCUCCACCAACCUCAAUCAAUCAAAGGCAACGUUGCAUUGUUAGAGUUUACAUGCAAAAUGAGAUUUGGUUCAAAUAUGCCUUAAUAGUGUAUCUGUCAAACCAGACAGCUGCCCCCCCCCUUCACCCCCUCCACCCUUCAGUUCAGACUCAGAGAGCAGAAAAACGAGUCACAAAAUGUUAUCUGCUGUUUUUACAAAUGGUAUUUUCUCUUAUAAGAGAAACUGCUGUUUUAUAUCUUGAUAUGUUUUCAAGAUGUGUGAUGGAUAUUUUAUUUGUGUGUUUAAAUGUGUUUUUACCAUUUUGCUUUG